AUGCCCCGCCGGCCGACCUCGAGCCGCCCCCACCCCCCGCCUCCACUGCCGACGACCACCGGCUCGCCGACCGACUUCUUGAAGGGCGUGGUGGGCAAGCGCGUCGUCGUACGGCUCACGUCCGGGGUGGACUAUCGAGGAGUGCUGUCGUGUCUUGAUGGCUACAUGAACAUCGCCCUCGAGCAGACCGAGGAACAUGUCAACGGCGCCGUCACCAACCGCUACGGCGACGCGUUCAUCCGAGGCAACAACGUCUUGUACAUCUCUGCAGCUGAGCCUUUGUAG